GGCGGAGACGGAGGCCCGCCUCUGCGCUCGGCGCUCUGCGGCAGCGCGUGACGUCACGAAGGGCGGGGCCGCCGGGCGAGCAGAGGGAGGGACCAAGGCCGAGAGUACCCUAGUUACGCCAGUCACACUCGGAGAAGCGCUAACGGGACAGCAGUCCAGGCCAAUCGCAGUCAGGCCUGCGGAGGCAGCGAGACUAGGGUGGAGACUUCGGAGACUGCAGUUGCAGUUUUCUUCAGCAGUGGAUUACAUUGCUUGAUAUUUGAAUAUUGAACCAUCCUUACACCCUGGGAUAAACCUACUUGGACUUAUUACGGAUGCUCCAGCCCAUUGCCAGACUUGAGAAACAGACCAGGAGAUGUGCCCUGGUCUCACUGUGUGCUUGAGAAGAUGCGGUGAUCCUUUGUACAGCAUUCUAAGGACAAAGGGAAUUGGCUAUGGAUAAUUCGUAUCAUUUCAAUCAACGAAACUCAUGUAAUGGACUUCCAUCUGAGAAGAAAAACAACUUCCUUGUAUCCGAAGAUCAUGGACAGAAAAUCUUAAGCGUACUACAGAAUUUUAGAGAACAAAAUGUCUUUUAUGAUUUCAAAAUAAUCAUGAAAGAUGAAAUAAUCCCAUGUCAUCGCUGUGUCUUAGCAGCAUGCAGUGACUUUUUCAGGGCUAUGUUUGAAGUAAACAUGAGAGAGAGAGACGGUGGGAGCGUCACCAUUACUAAUCUGUCCUCUAAAGCCGUGAAGGCCUUCCUCGACUACGCCUAUACCGGGAAAACACAGAUAACAGAUGAUAAUGUGGAAAUGUUCUUCCAGUUGUCCUCAUUUCUUCAAGUCUCCUUCCUAGCCAAAGCUUGCAGUGACUUUUUAAUAAAAAGUAUUAACCUUGUCAACUGUUUACAGUUACUGGCUAUAUCAGACAGCUAUGGCUCCCCACGCUUGUUCGAUCACGCACUAUACUUUGUACAGAACCACUUUUCCUUGCUAUUUAAAUCCAGUGAUUUCUUAGAGAUGAAUUUUGGAGUCCUGCAAAAAUGCCUGGAAUCAGAUGAGUUAAAUGUCCCCGAAGAAGAAACUGUACUGAAAGUUGUCCUUAGUUGGACCAAACAUAACUUAGAAUCAAGGCAAAAGCAUCUGCCUUAUUUGAUUAAAAAAGUACGAUUACAUCAGUUAUCUGAGGAGACCCUUAAAGACUGUCUGCUCAACGAAGAGUGUUUACUCAAAAGCACAAACUGUUUUGACAUGAUCAUGGAUGCCGUUAAGUGUGUGCAAGGUUCUGGUGGACUCUUCCCUGAUGCUCGACCAUCCACCACUGAAAAAUACAUAUUUGUUCACAAAACCGAGGAAAAUGGAGGCGACCAAUAUACAUUUUGCUAUAAUAUCAAUAGUGAUUCGUGGAAAGUCCUGCCACAGUCACACCUGAUCGAUUUGCCAGGGUCUAGUCUGUCUAGCUACGGAGAGAAAAUAUUCCUGACAGGGGGCUGCAAAGGGCCGUGCUGCAGAACCGUGCGGCUUCACAUCGCAGAGUCCUAUCACGACGCGACCGAUCAAACCUGGUGCUACUGUCCGGUGAAAAACGACUGCUUCCUGGUAUCCACUAUGAAGACACCAAGAACCAUGCACACAUCAGUUCUGGCGCUCAACAGAUUAUUUGUCAUUGGUGGAAAGACCAAAGGGUCUCAGGACAUUAAAAGUCUCUUAGCUGUUGAGUCGUACAACCCUCUUUCCAAAGAAUGGAUGUCUGUUAGCCCGUUGCCCCGGGGCAUAUACUACCCCGAAGCAAGCGCGUGCCAGAACGUAAUCUAUGUUCUUGGGUCAGAGGUAGAGAUUACAGAUGCCUUUAACCCAUCACUCGACUGCUUUUUUAAAUACAAUGCGACCACUGACCAGUGGUCUGAGCUGGUAGCAGAGUUCGGGCAGUUUUUUCAUGCAACGCUGAUUAAAGCUGUCCCAGUAAACUGCACACUGUACAUAUGUGACCUUUCCACCUACAAGGUAUAUAGUUUCUGUCCGGAUACUUGUGUCUGGAAGGGGGAAGGCUCUUUUGAAUGUGCAGGCUUUAAUGCAGGCGCCGUUGGAAUUGAAGAUAAAAUUUAUAUCUUAGGUGGUGAUUACGCACCAGAUGAAAUCACAGAUGAAGUGCAAGUCUACCACAGCGGCAGAUCUGAGUGGGAAGAAGUCUCACCGAUGCCGAGAGCCUUAACCGAAUUUUACUGCCAGGUGAUUCAGUUCAAUAAAUACAGAGACCCAUGGUUUUCUAAUCAUUUCUGAAAGGAGGAUAUGCUUAGACAUUCUAAACUAUUCCAAUUCUAGAAACCUACUGUAAAUCUGUUAACCUUAAUAGUUGGUAACAAGGUCUUUACCUCUUAGUAAAAUAAAAUGUACCGUCUGUUAGAGAAUCCUAUGAAUGUACAAUAUAUCUGACGUAGCAGCUGCCAGAAACUUAAAACACAAAGUACAUUUACCAAAAAUUAUACUGAAUAUAACUUAAUCUCGGAGAAUCUAGAAUACUUAGUAUUCUCAGAUGUAAAUAAAACUCGCAGGCAUUGAUGUCUUGAUUUUUAGAGUACUUUAUCCAUGAAAGACUAGUAAGAACAGAUUUGUACCACAUAGAUGGGAAAAAUCUCUUUAGGUAGGGAAAAUGGAUUAUUUGCACACUAUAUUAGAUAAAGUGAAAAUUAAAUUAGAAAGCAGUAAGAAGCCUGUCCCGUUACUACAGGAAUAAGAGUUGCUGAAUUCCUAUCCUUUCCGAUCAUGGCUUAGCUUCUUUUAAGCCCUUCCAUUUUUUCACCUUUUUUUUUUGGUCAGGUAAACUUUUCUACUUCCCCAGCCGUCCAAGCUGUACCCUAAACAUGGCCUCACAUUGUAUGAUCAGCUCUUCCUUAAGAGCAUGAGGUACUGUGCUGUAAUGCCAGAACACCAAUGGCAAUUACUGAAAUGCUUUUAGAAUUGCUGAUUCUAUUAGUUCUCAGUGUUAGUUGGUUUCAGUUUCUAGCAAUAUCAUAUCUUUCUUAUUUUCUGGCUCAAGCUCAGUAAAUUAAGGUUCUUGAUUUAAUUAUUAGUUCUAAGUUACACCCAAUUUGAGUCUAUCUUAACAUGUAACCCACUGAGUGAAAUUCUUGGAUUCUGAGGGUAGUCCUCAAAUACUUUUUCUGUAUCCUUGCCAGGUUCCAACAUUAUUGAGGAUGUAGGAAAUCUGACCUCUAGAGAAGUGUAUCCUUAUGUUGCAUUUCUUAAAUUUUUAAAUGUCCAAAUCUCAGUUGCACAUAAGAAAUUUCAACAUUUAAAUUAGUACCAUAUCCAUUUUCUUUGAUGACAUAAACCAACUGUAAAGCACCGUGUUGCUUUACUACGUAUGUAAAUUAUUCAUAGUGAAUUAUUUACCAAUUUUUUAAAAAAAUGACUAGGUUUUUUUGUAUUGAUUAUAUUCACAACCUCCUAUAUCUGUUUAGAUGCUUAAUCAUCUUUAACCCAAACAAAAGUAAGAAUAUCAAUCAUCCUUGUUCUCAGGUAGGAUGAUUCUGUGUUGCAAGAGGGUAUGUUUCUUUCAGAAGUUUAAAAGAUAUAAGCAUAUCAGGUUUUAAAAGUGGAAAUAUACCUAAAUAAAGGUCCUUUUAUUAUACCUUAUAAGUUUGCACAGUCAUAAGCUUCAAAUAUAUUUUUUUCAAAAUAGGACAGGAUAUUAGACUACAUGAUCAUGCAAUUCCAAAAUCAGACUGUCCCUAAUCAGAUGACAGUUGCAUAAAAAGUAUUCUGUAGAAUUGGUGGCCUUCCUUCCUAAGUUGGCUCUGCUCUUUCCUGUGUGUGUGUGUGUGUGUGUGUGUGUGUGUGUGUGUGCAAGAAAAAAAAGAUAAUUCAGUGAAGGCUUUGUGUGUAUAUUUGUGGCUUUGGAAACAAAUUAUUUAAGAAAGACCAUAACACAGUGAAUGACCUAUCUGUGGAUUUACUGAACUGUUAAAUGUAUAUAAAUAAUUAAAGUAGGUUUAAAAUAAAUAUCAUUUUAAUUACUAACUGUAGGAAUUGUUAAUCUCUUCCAGAAAGGAGAAACUAAGGCAGAAUAGAAUCCCUUCCCUAUCUCAUUUCAUUAUUAGAUCACCUUGAUGUCCGCCAGUCUUCUCAUUGGCUGUUGAUUCAUGGUAAUGUUUCUAGAAACAAGGCCUAGGUAGCUCCCUCUGCAUUUGAUUUAAUAGACUUUCUAACACACAGGGCUUGCUGCCUUUUUUCUACAGUGGCUGCAGUUUACUUGUUAAUCAUUUUUUUCUCAUUGCCAUCCCUUUACAUCCGCAACUCAGUGCUCUUUGUCCGUUGUAACUGCGAGAAGUACUCUGUGCGGUCACCAGCACCCAGACUCUUCCUUUAUUUACUGUCCUUCAUCCUUCGCACCAGAGCAGAGCGUGCUGGGCGUGGCUCCGUUAAUAACCGAUCUUGUUCUAAUCUUGCAUCUUCUUGUAAAGGUGGCACUUUCAUUAUCUGUCUGCCGUAUUGACAAAUGGUUGACUGUGUUCUGCCUCCUCGAGGAGCCCAGCCCCAUGCACACGUGGUCCAUGACUGAACUGCUCAUAUCUUUCUCACCUUGCCGACCUGGCUUCACUGCCCAAGAACCAGGUCUGUCAUUCUGGCCUCACCCCGUUCUGGAUCUCUGAAGGCAAGUCUCUGAUGUCUCAAGCUUAUUCUCAGUACCCCCAGAAAGAGCUGUAUUCCUGUCUAAAGUUAGGUAAGAGGAAAUAACACAUCCCUUUAUCUAUGGCCUCUUCCCUGAGUCUUUUUUUUUUUUCUCUCAAGUCUGCUUUCCUUUCAUGAUCCUCCUUCAGCCAGUGUUGCAUCAUAAGAGAUAAAAUAAUUGUGCUCAUUACCCAGAUGGCUUUCAUUCUUGUGGAAAACUUCUGUUAAAUAUUUCUGAAUCCUUUAUCAUUUGUCUUGCUCCACUACAUUUGGAUUAUGCACACACAAAAAAUUCUAAUACGGUAAAAUCUUCUAAAAUUGAAAGUGAGUAUAUGGCAUUAUUAUAUAUAAAGAUGAUUAAAUUCAACAUUUAUAUGAGAUCAAUUCAAAGUUAAUGGACACUCCUGGAGUGAUCUGCAAACUUGAUUUAAAAUGUGGAGCACCUUCUGUUCAUCUCUUUCUUGGGAGACUGACAAUAGGAAGAAGAUUUGCAGAAUCAAAACUCACCCUCCCCGGAACACUCAAGUCCGGUUCCGGGCGGGCAGGAAGUGUUUAGCACAGCAGUACUCCACCGUGCUGCCCUGCCAAGCGACAGUGUUUCCAGAGUGAGCACAUCCCGCAACACGAUUCCGUUUUUCCGAGAUAUCAAGAGCAACUGGGUGUCUGUACAGUGUACCCGGCUCCAGGGGCACCAUUGAGAAACUCAGAGUCAAGGAGAGAGAGAAGCAGCGUUGACAUUCUGAGAGUGGGGAGCAGUAAAGGCAAUGUAUCGAUGAGGUAUGUUGUUGACGAUGUGGUCACUACUUUUCGGUCCUCAUUCUCAGUUUAAUUGGAUUCCGUGUUUGGAAGGUCUUUUAUAUUUAGAAUUGAAAAUGUUAAGACUCAAAAACGUCUUCUGGUGGGCAGCCCUGGAGGGCAACCUAAAACAAAAGGCUGGAAUUAUAGAGAAGCAGAUUUCCAGUCAACCUAAGAAAUCACUUGACUCCACUUUACAAAGCCAUAUUCAGAAGAAGACGAGUCCUCAGACGUGCCCCGUGGGGGAUGUCAGCCCAGUAUUUCCUACACAGCAGUAGACGACCAAAGAUUUCCACAUGCUCUUUACACAUUUCCAUCGUACUAGUUCUCUGCCAUACGACUGAUGACUCCCUCCUCCAGUUUACUGAGCACUUCAGGCUCUGCAGAACUUGAUUUCAGUGGCUCUGCAAACUCAAGGGUUCACUAGCCCCUGAGUCUAUGACUGCCCCAGUUCAGGAGCAGUCUUACUGAAGGGAAUUUGUUCUUCGUUCUUUUUUUUUUUUUUUAAUCACUCAGGAAAAAUCCGUAAAUGGUGCUGACAUUUCUAGUGCACUGCUAAUAGGGCGUUUUCUUUCUCUCUACUGUGUGUGCACAUUUGUUUCACAGAUAGUAGAAUCAGAAAGACCAGCACCUAAAAUUUUCUCCUGAAUUAGUUCCUGUUUUGCUGCAAAUGUUGCAAUCUAGUUAAAUGCAAUGAUUUAUAAUCUACUUAAAGAUUAUAUGAUUUAAAAGAAUAUCUUUAUAACCUAAAAACCUAGAUGUGUUUAUAAAUUAAUUCUGUUUGAUGGCACUAGGAUGCUUAAUCAAAUUUAUUAUCUAGUUAGGGAAUAUAAUCACAGGAUGAUACUAUUACACAUUUAUCAAGAGAUAACUCUUCUAAAUCCUAGGCUCAUAUUCAAACUUGAAAAUAGCCUUAGAAUCUAACACAGCUUCUGACGUGCUAGAGAGAAAGCCCCUCUAAAUUCCAAAACACCCCGACAGAUGAUUCACCCUGACAGAUGAUUUUUUUUUUCAAUUUCUAAUUCAGUUCUUUCAGGAAGAAAGAGCUUGAUGCGUUCAUUUUUGAAAAGUUCUGUUACUGCUCACACUGACAGCACCGCUGCCUCUGGGCAUAGCUUCCAGGCCCUGGUCCUCGCGAGCUGUCGCCACGAGUGUUCAAAGCAGUAGCAUCUCUCCCCUUCCUCUAAAAUCAAGGCAUCAUUUUCCUGCUUGUUGAAAUGCUUAGCACUUUAAAACCUGCCACAACGGCUGGGGUUCCAUGCCUUUCCUUGCACAGGUGCCUCAGAAAAUCUACCCUAAUUCUCUCACCUUUCGGGUGGGUUGAGCAUGACCAACACUGCAGAUUCUCUUGGUAACCCAGCUCUCUAGUCCUUAUAAAUCCAGUCUGAGCCACGGCCUUGCUGGGUCUUUCUCCUUUUAGCUCCCCCCAUAGCAGCAGCACCACCACCACCCCACCAUCAGCAUAACUACAAACAAAUUUUCUGGGAGAGGAAUUCUAAAGCCAAAUUUUAGUAAGUCUUUCAAUCAUUUGCCAUUAGAUAGGGUUUUCAGACUCUUAAAAGUACUUCUGAUAAACACCUUAAAAAGUAUACAAAAAAUAGAAACCAAAGCAGUCACAUCCUUGGUGGUAAACGGGAGGACGAUUUGCUUACGAAUCAAUAAAGACUAGCCUUGUGGUAAUAACCAUCUACGUCCGGAGCUUCACCUACCCCGUCAGUCGGACCGGGCAGAGCGUGCUAUUUCCAUGAACAGAGCCAUUGUUAAGGAAUGCUAUGAGCCAGGUCGCUUUAUCCAUCCCAUUAGCUUUGACAACAUUCCCUACCACAGCUGUCUAACUAGCUCACCAAAUUAUGCUAUCGAUUCCAAGGGUAACAAGGCGGCUGGAAUAACUCAGAGCACAGUUCCCUGAGUGUCACGUGGUGGCAUAAAUAUUUCUUUACAUGUUUGUCUUCCUCAUUUAAUUGGAAGCUCUUAGGAAUAGGAACAAUAUAUUCAUCAUCUCUGGACCUAGCAAUUAGCACAGUGCUUGCAUAUAAUGAGACAUCCAGUGAACUGAUAUUCUGUUGAGCCAAUAUGUGAAACAAAAUAGAUGUGUCACAAUCAUACUGUUACUGAAUAGGUCUGUUGUAACUUAUAUUUUGCAACUUAUUUUCAUGUACAAAGGAAAUAAUUUUGAUCUACUUUAGGAUUUUACAUCUUAGAAUGCUAUCACAUCAUACUUUAUUUAUGAAUGUGUGUGUUCUUUUUGUAAUAUUUGAGAUCUUUCUCCUGUUCAAAGUCUGAGAAAAUGGGGUUGGGUAAUUUACACAACUGCAAUCUGUUAGUGUAUGGGAAGUUAAUAACAGAGCAUGUGUUGAGAGCAGGACUGCACCCCACAGCGUGCUGCCCACCUUGGGAGAACACGCAUAGUUGCAUAAUAGAGGUAUAGUUGGUUCUUGAAAGUAAAAUUAUAGAUUCAAAGUCAUUUAUCCAACUAAUUUUUUAGUGCUUAGGGACUAUUUGUUCUCAGUGAAUUUUAAUUAUAAUAUCUCAUUCCGUGUUUCCUUUCAAAGGUGAUCGUAUAUAAGACAAUGGCUGCAAAUUCCCUUAGCGGAUGUGCAACCCGCUUUUGUCCCCCAUUAAAGCCUAAUAGCCUUAGUGACAUUUUCCGCACUCGGGGAGCUGGUGCUCCAAGCCACCGGACACUGCAUACGCAGAUUUUCUUCAUUUCCCUAUUAGUGGAAUGUGGGCUUUUGCUUUGAGAAAUAUGCUUUGAGAAAUAAAAUCAGAAUUUUUGCAGGUCCAUGUGAACCAUAUUAACAUGUAGUGAAACAUUUCAAUUCUGUAAAUAAUAAUUUAUUAAAGUGUA